CUCAAUUUCUUGUCUUACAGUAAUUAAUUAUCAUUCGCUGCUCUUCCCACAUUAGAUAGGACCGUCCACCUCAGCUCUCUGACUCCACAGCAGUAAUGUCUUGGUGUGGAACGGAUGGCAUCUGUCGCUUCCGUGGGAACUCUCUCCAAUAGGAAUCACGCAGCAACAAGCUCGCUCUAAAUGCGGACAUGGGUGUUUCUCCGGGCAUGUAUUUCCACGCAUUUUUGUUCCUGCUUGCACAGUUUCGACACUGAUCGUACCAUAGCCGCAUCAACACCGUCACGUUUCCUUUGCAUUUUCACGUCACUCUUAAUAAGUUUGCGUGAGCACACUCAGAGCACUUUUAUUUGGAUCAUUGUGCAUAUGGAUUUGCAGGAAUGGUUCACAGGAGCGUGCCGCGUCCUUGUGCCUUCAAGAGACAACUUCAAUCAGCUCUGGUUUUGACCGCCACUUUUAUGAUAUAGUAAAAAGAAAUAAAGAAAGAUCAUGAGCAACCACAGGGGCGGCGGAAUGGCAUCGAAAGAAAGGUUGUACGAGCUGUGGAUGUUGUAUUACACAAAGAAAGAUGUGGGCUACCUCCAACAGUGGCUGGAGGCAUUUGUGGCAUCCUUUGAGAGGCUCAUUGAUGUGCAAUCACUGGAACCACGGAGGCUGGAGGAAAGCAGCUCAGAGGUUCCCUUGCUCCCUAGAGAUGUUCUGGUGUUCCUUAGCACCCAGUUAUGGCACAGUGCACUCCACCUCUCAGGAGCCACCGAGCUCAACAGCAACACCCCUCACCCACUGCUCCUCAUCAAGUUCUUCAUCAUUGUCUGCAGGAAUAUGGAGAACAUUGACCCUGAAAAGACUCCUAGUUUUGUUUUUGAAACUAUCAAGCUUCUGAAUUUCUGUUUGGAGCAGUUAAAAAGGGGACAAGGGGAUAAGUCGUGCCUGCAGACGGUCGUGCAGUAUGGACUUGUGCUCUGUGAGAGUCUUUUUGACCCUUAUCAGACAUGGAGGAGACGGCUGGCAGGGGAGGAGGUGAGCUUGCUGGAGAGGAACAAGUAUAAGUUUUCCCCACUGGCCUUGCCAGAGGAGCUGCCUGCUCUGUUUCAUGAGAGUCUACAGGAAAGCGAGCAGAUCCCAGAGCUCCUCACACUCAGACUGGUUCAUCUCCAGGGUGCUGUGAUCAGUGGAGGAAAGAAAAAUGGUCUUCUUUCCACUAGCCCUCAGUCUGUUGAGGACCUGUUCUCUGUACUUCGGGUAUGGUGCUGCCGAUCCUCCCCUGAACCCACGAGCACCAGACUCCCGCGGCUUACUUUGCAGUGCCUGACAGCGAUGAUCCAUCUUCUGCACGCCAGCAGCCCCGUGGAGCGGCAAGUAGAGAUCAGGACAAUUCUAGAGAGCUACUUCCUGCUCCUCAACUGGAACAGACCACUCAUCACUGGACAUGAAGACAAACAGAACUGGGAGGGCAGCCUGAUUUUGCUCCAAAGCCAAAUGUUAACUGCUGUUCCUGAGAUCCUGCAGUGCUCUGACAGACCAGUCCUGCAGGCGGUCUUCCUCAACAACAACUGCUUUGAGCACAUCCUCAGACUGAUUCAGAACAGCAAGCUCUUUCAGAGCAACAGGCGUAGGCCGAAGUGUGAGGUUGAGUGUGACCUUACCACGCGUUUACUCACAGAUGUCGAAAUGGACCAGGUAUGGGAGAAGGAAUCAGACAGUAUUACGGUUCAUGCUUUGGGCGUCCUCACAGCUAUAAUGAGUAACUCACCUUCUGCUAAGGAGGUUUUCAAGGAGAGGAUUGGCUACUCCCAGCUGUUUGAUGUGUUGAAAAGUCAAGGUCAACCCACCAAAAGGUUGCUGCAAGAGCUGAUGAACAUGGCAGUGGAGGGGGAACAUGCCCAUGCUCAUCACCUAGGCAUCAGCAACGACCAGCCUUUGCUGCUGCUUCUGCAGUGGCUGCCUGACCUGUCAGGUCAGAGAGACCUUCAGCUGCUCGUGGCCCAGUGGCUGGCCACUGUAUGUGGCGGUUCUCUGUCCUGUCGCACCGUGGCAGUAGAAGCGGGCAUGGUGGGGGCUUUGCUGCAGGUGAUCUCACAGCCCCAAAGUCUGGACAGGCAGUGUGCAGAUGCCCUGCUGGGCCUCCUGCAGGACUUGGGCUCUCUGUGUUUGAGACCAGAGGAACUGAAGAGUCUCCUAAGGCUCCUCAGGGUGGAUCAGGACAGGGGUGUGGCAAUGGGGACAGUGCACCCUUACUGUACUCGCAUCAUACGUGCACUCUCAGCCAUGGCAGCCAGAGAAGGCCAGGACAGUGCUUUGCAAUAUUUUGAUCUUACACCCCCUAUGGCAGGUAUCAUGGUGCCAACAGUCCAACGUUGGCCAGGCAGUGGGUUCGCGUUUCACGCUUGGCUCUGCCUCAACAUGGACUUCCCAUCUCAUCACUCAGAGUUCUCUAACAACCGAAAACCUGUCAACUCUGGCAUGGGGAGCCAGCAUGAUAUGGGAAAAGGACCUCGCAGGAAGCAACUCUACAGUUUCUUCACAGCAAGUGGAACUGGACUUGAAGCUUUCUUUUCCAUGGAGGGUGUGCUGGUGGUGGCUGUUUGCACUAAGAAAGACUACAUGGCUGUUGCUUUGCCAGAGUAUCCACUAGCGGACUCAUGCUGGCAUUCAGUGGUUAUUGUUCACAUCCCAGGCCGCCGUCCUUUUGGUCAGAACCUGGUAACGAUCUACAUAGAUGGAGAACAGCGUAAAACUGCUCAACUUCGUUUUCCAUCUUUCAGUGAGCCUUUUACCUCCUGCUGCAUCGGCUCUGCUGGCAACCGGACCACUACCACCACCACCUCUCCAAACCUUCCCAUGUCCUUUACUUCCUGUCCAUCUCCUGAAUUCGCCUUCCCUAGCCAUGCCCCUUCUCUCAUCCGUUCCCAGUCCUUCCCAGCUUCUUUUGCAGGAGGCCGUUGGGGGUCUUUGGCAGACUCCCCUGUGCACACCAUCCCAGCUGGACUACAGGACACAGAGUGGGGAUCACCCACAUCUCUGGAUGGGCUUUUGGGCACUGCCUUCAUCUGCCACGAGGCUCUGCAUCUCACCCAGGCACGAGCUCUACAUGCUGCAGGCCCAAAUCAUGUGUCCUUAUUCAAACCGGAUGGAGAGUUAUCUGAUCUCAACAACAAGCUUCUGCUCUACUACACUCCACAGGCAUUUAAGAGUCAGAUAUGUCUGGACUUGGCACCCAAUCACCUGUAUGAUGGCAGACUUACAGGACACCGAGUGGUGAACUGGGACAUUAAGGAUGUUGUAAACGUGGUUGGAGGUAUUGGGGUUUUGCUGCCUCUGCUCGAGCAGGUGUGUGAGGCUGAGCAGGUUUACAACGGCAGUCAGGAAACCUCAGACUUGCUGGGACCAGAGCUCACCUCUUCCAGAGGCCCCGCUGCAAUGCUGCUGCCUCUGAGCAAAUCUGCAGAGGGCCGACUAGAGCGAAACAGUAUUGCUGCCUUUCUGCUGAUGGUAAAAAACUUGAUUCGUCAUCACCCUGUCAAUCAGGAGAGUCUGUUGCAGUGCCAUGGGCCAAGCAUCAUAGGUGCCAUGCUCAGCAAAGUUCCGGGCAAUAUGAUGGACAUGAACGUUUUAAUGGCAUGUCAGCUGCUGCUUGAACAGGUCUUCAAUGAGGGCAACAGCCCACUUCUACAGCAACUCUACCAGCAUCUGCUCUUCAGUUUCCGCAUCUGGACUAGGAGCCAUUUUGCUGUUUGUUUGGCACAUGUUCAGUACCUGUCAUCUGUGAUAAACAAAAGCAAGCAGCGCAUGAGGAGGAAAUAUGGAGUUCAGUACAUUUUGGAUACCAUUCGGACAUAUUACAGUGUGGAAAAAGAUGGCAGCGCUCUAUCUGAUGAGAAGCAGACCAUUCAGACAUCACUGUUUUCCCUGCUGAAAGAUUUUGUCAAGUCUCCCACACCAGAGGAGCUUCACAUCAUCCUCGCUUACAUUCUGACCGCUGGGGAAGAGAAACAGGUGGUGAAGGCCUUGGAUGUGCUGUAUGAGCUGUUGAGAAGCAGCCCUCCUCGUGAGCAGGUGCAGACUGUGCUGCUGGAAUGGGGCGUGGAGCAGCUGUACUGUUUGCUGCUCAGUCCAACCUUUGGGGAUGAAGCCAGAGAGAGGGUAUUCAGGGUUUUAUACAAAAUCCUUAAGAGCGAGAAAGUGUCAGAGCGCAACAAGCAGCGCAUCAAGCUGAAGGAUUUUGGCUAUCUAGGACUGAUUUGCUGUCUUGAAGAUAUUCCCGUAACCAUGACAACUGUGCGCUGUCUGUACGAGCAGGUCCUUGCUACAGAUGCCAGUCCUAAUUUUAGAGACCUCUUGGCUGUGGUUUGUCUUUCCCAUCGAGCUGAACUCACCGUUCGACUGGAUGUCUGUCGCAAGCUGUUUCAUCUGAUCUACUCUAAUGAGGAUUAUGUAAAGCAGCUUGCCAAGCAGCCUGGCUGGCAGGAUGUUCUGACCAAACUCUAUGUAAAAGAGUCUUACGAAUUCAAUGCUGCCAGCAUUGCAGACUCAAACACCCACAGUUCCUUUGAGCCAAACUACCGACCUCCGCUGCGCAGAGAACAAUCUCUAGUCAUUGAAGACACACGAACAAACAUCUUUCUUAACUACCGCAACUCCCAGGACAUCGAAGAUGAAGAAGAGGAGGAUGAAGGCGGUCAGCGGGACAUCUCUGAGGGAUUCUCUGAUUUAUCCCAGUCGCCUCCCAGCGGAGGUGGAGGCCCGUUGAAGAACUUCAGGGGCUCCCUCCAUUUCAAGUCAUUUGAUUCAGUAGAUCAGGAGAGCCACUCAUCCUCUAUCUCCAAUGCAAUUGAUAUUACCUCAUCUCGACCUGAAGAUGAGGGAAGAGGAUACCAGCCGCUCUCACCCUUUGGGUCACCCUUUGAUUUGGAAAUAGGAGGGGUGGGGGAGUCUGGCACACAUACACCUGCAGGGAGUCUGAACAACACACCAUCUCCUCUAGAGCACUGCAAACCAUUUUCACCACUCAGACCUAGGAAGAGCUCCAGUUUGUCCAAUGUGCUGGAUGACACCAGUUAUGGGACAGACCCACCUACAGGAGACACAAUCUCCAAUACGUCUAAUCCUCAGCAGACCCCUGAGGAGGAGCUGUGCAACCUGCUAACCAACAUAGUUUUCUCUGUGCUGUGGACCGGCAGUGGAGCAGAGGGGGCAGAAGAUGUGAUGUGGAGGGAGAGGGGGCAGGUGUUUUCUGUCCUUACCAAACUCGGCUCCUCCUGCCAGCUGGUGCGCCCCCCUGAUGAAAUCAAACGCAGUCUUUUGGAGAUGAUGCUGGAGUCUUCCCUGUCAGACCUGAGGGAUGCCCAGGGAGUGUCUCUGCCUUUCUGUCCCAUUCUGGUUCGGCUCCUCAGGCUGCUGCAGGACUUCCUGUUUGCAGAGGGUACUGACAACCAAACAUUGUGGAGUGAAAAGAUCUUUGAGGGGGUGGUGAACUUGCUGGACAGGUUACAGGCUUGGCAUAGCACCCCUGGCAGCCCUGGAAACACUGAGCUGAAAGAGAUGGCCCAGAUCGGCUUGCGUAUCAUCACUGGGUAUAUCCAACAGCAGCACUCGCAGGUGUGUGUGAUGGCCUAUUUGAAGCUUCACAGCCUUCUCCAGACUGUUCUCUGUCUGAGCUGGGAGGAGGUGUGCUUCCUGCUGGGUCAGCUUGGUGCCCCCUUGUGGCCAGAAGGUGUAACGGACGGCACCAACUGCAGCCAGUCAGAGACUUUCUCCCAGCUUGUGCCCAUCGUACGCACAUUACUUGAUCAGCAUGCUGACCCCAUCACCCUCCAGAACCUCUUGCCAAACCUGCCCAUCACCAAUGGCAGUACCACCUUUGCCCAGGACCUGAAGGCUUAUUGUUGCACACUGGAGUGGCAGGGCUUUUACCAGCAGCGGGUUCAGCCCACCAUGGAACAAUAUGAGCUGGACACAUUUGGGAGGAGCCAUGACAUUAUGUCCAAUUUCUGGAACUCCUGCUUUGAUGACCUGAUGAGUACGGCAUUUAGACGGGACAAAGACAGAUCUGACAGCAAAUCUAAGUUUCAGGAGGCGAUCAUAGACCCCUACCUGAAGCGAGUCCGCAGUGAGAACAACAGGUACCUCAUUUGGCAGAAGCAGAACUCCAGCCAGCAGGGGGUAGUGUGGCAGCACUGGAAGGCUUUCCGCAGGCUUUUCACCAGCGAGAGAGGAGCGUGGGCCAACAGAGUUCAGUCAGAGGUGAAAUGGAAGUUGUCCAAUGCAGAGACAUAUUCAAAGAUGCGUCUCAAGCUCGUACCCAAUUAUAACUAUGAUCCACACAGAGAGGCCAGUGCCCUAAGAGACAACAUGGGAGCUGAAAGUCCCCGCAGCUCCGAACCAAUCCCAUUGGCUGUUGCUAAGGAAGCAAAAGUGAGUGACAUGGAGGAUGAUCAGCUGGGAGAAGAAGACCUUGUCUUCUUGGAUAACAAGGCGGAAGGAGAAGAUGAGAGCCAGAAAGAAAAGCUGGUUCUGUCUGAAGACUGUGAGCUCAUCACCAUUGUGGCGGUUGUUCCGGGUCGUCUGGAGGUUACCACACAUCACCUGUACUUCUAUGAUGGCAGCAGUGAGAAAGAGGAGACGGAGGAGGGAAUCGGGUUUGAUUUCAAGAGACCCCUCUCUCAACUGCGAGAGGUUCAUUUGAGGCGCUACAACCUGCGGCGGUCAGCGUUGGAGCUGUUCUUUAUUGACCAGGCUCACUACUUUAUCAACUUCAGAAAGAAGGUACGAAAUAAAGUAUAUUCGAGGAUCCUCGGGCUGCGACCUCCAAAUCUGUUUUACUUCGGCUCCCGCUCUCCCCAAGAACUUCUAAAAGCAUCAGGCCUCACUCAGAAAUGGGUGUGCAGAGAAAUCUCCAACUUUGAGUAUCUGAUGCAGCUGAACACCAUAGCUGGACGCACCUUCAAUGACCUGUCGCAGUAUCCGGUGUUCCCCUGGGUUCUGUGUGACUACACUUCUACUACGCUUGAUCUGAAUGACCCCUCAGUUUUCAGAGACUUGUCCAAACCCAUUGGUGUAGUCAACCCACGGCACGCACAGAACGUCAGAGAGAAGUAUGAGAGCUUUGAAGACCCAACAGGCACCAUUGACAAAUUCCACUAUGGCACACACUACUCUAACGCAGCAGGAGUCAUGCACUACAUGAUCCGCAUGGAGCCGUUCACCACCCUGCAUAUCCAGUUGCAGAGCGGCAGGUUUGAUGUCGCAGACAGGCAGUUCCACUCGGUGGCAGCAGCAUGGCAGGCUCGUAUGGAGAGUCCAGCUGACGUCAAAGAGCUCAUCCCAGAGUUCUUCUACUUUCCAGAAUUCCUGCAAAACAUGAACGGCUUCGACCUCGGCCAUUUACAGAUAUCUCAGGACCCGGUGACAGACGUUGUGCUCCCUCGCUGGGCAGCAUCAAGGGAAGAAUUCAUCAGAAAACACAUGAAAGCUCUGGAAUCUGAGUAUGUGUCCAGUCACCUCCAUGAGUGGAUCGACCUGAUCUUUGGUUACAAGCAAAGAGGGGAAGAGGCAGUGGACGCUCUUAAUGUCUUCUACUACUGCACUUAUGAGGGUGCAGUAGAUCUGGAUGCAAUCGCAAAUGAGAACGAACGUAAGGCUCUGGAAGGCAUCAUCAGCAACUUUGGGCAGACACCCUGUCAGCUCCUGAAGGAGCCUCAUCCUCUUCGAAUGACAGCUGAGAAUGCAUCAAGGCGGCAGGCCCGCCUGGAUACAUUGCCCCCAAACAUCUUUGAGCAUCUCACAAAACUCCGGCCAUUUGUGGAGUUGGUAAGUGAUGGCCUUCCUCUAGUCCAAGCAGUGGUACCAAAGAACCAGAAUCGCUCCUUCAUCAUCCAGGGGUCUGACAUUCUGGUGACCAUCAGUUCAAAUGGUUUGAUCGGGACACACAGCUGGCUUCCAUAUGAUAAAAGCAUUGCCAACUACUUUACAUUCGUUAAAGACCCAACAAUAACCAAUCCCAAAACUCAGCGUUUCUUAGCUGGACCUUUCUCUCCCGGCGUGGAGAUCAGUGCUCAGGUGCUGGUGGUGUCCAACGAUGGUCGUCUGCUUUUCAGUGGGGGACACUGGGAUUGCAGUCUUCGUGUCACUCAGCUGGGGAAAGGAAAGCUGGUGGGCAGGAUCUGCCGGCACAUCGACAUUGUGACUUGCUUGGCUCUGGAUCUCUGUGGCAUCUACCUCAUCUCUGGCUCAAGGGACACAUCUUGUAUAGUGUGGCAGGUUUUACAACAGGGUGGAUUUUCCAGCGGACUGUCCCCGCGGCCAGUGCAGAUUCUUUGUGGACAUGACCAGGAGGUGACCUGUGUGGCCAUUAGCACUGAACUGGAUAUGGCUGUCUCAGGGUCAAAGGAUGGAACUGUGAUAGUCCACACAAUCCGACGAGGCCAGUUCCUGCGAACACUGAGGCCUCCCGGCGACAGCUGCAAACCCGCCCAAAUCUCUGAGUUGCAGGUGGGCAUGGAAGGUCACAUUGUGGUGCAGACGUCUCUGGAGGAAUCCUCCAAUAGGAAGGGCAAGUACUCCAUUCAUGUUUACUCAGUAAACGGCUGUCUGCUGUCCUCUUUUACCAUGGAGGAGCAGAUGACUGCACUCCAACUGGUUUCUGAAUAUGUCAUACUGGGAACCGUGCAGGGUAGCAUCCACAUACUAGAUUUAUACAGCCUGGAUGCUCUGAUAACACCCCUGGCCUUGAGGGUCCCAGUGAGAAGUGUGUCUGUCACCAAAGAGUACAGCCACAUACUCGUGGGACUACAAGACGGCAAGCUAAUUGUGGUGGGGGCAGGGAAGCCAGAAGAGGUUCGCUCGGGACAGUUCUCCCGUCGCCUGUGGGGCUCCACACGCCGCAUCUGUCAGGUGUCGUCCGGUGAAACUGAGUACAAUCCCACUGAGAAUGCAGGCAAAUGAGAAGAGCAAUGUGGAGGAUCUCUGAGAACUCUGUUGGAUGCAGAUAAACGCUCCACCUGAAUGUUCACCAGACUCAAUAAGGCCUUCUUUUACAUGGUGGGGAAACGUAACUCCGAGGCUACUGAUCUCUCCGAGAGAGCAACCUUUACACUGAGCACUUUUCUUAAAAAUUCUUAAACAGUUUUAUAUUUUACUGCAUAUUUCAUUUACCGUUGUGCUGUUUUUGAUCAGCAUCAUUCCAAAGAGUGGCCUUGUUUUGUGUGUGACAAGGAGCUUGGUGUUUGAGAUCAGGAGCUGCUUUUGGGCUGCAAGCACUCUGAGUCAUAUUUCAGGGGAAUGACUCACUCUGUGAUGUACACUCAGCCCCAGGCAGAGCAAAGUAAUGCUGUGAACUCCCCAGGCUCCAAGUUUUAGGCUCCUUUGUUAUCAGAGGCCCAACUGCAAUCCCUGCACUGCUGAAUGUCCUAAAGCUAUUGGUUGCCAUUGGUUGGCAUCUUCUUAAAACUCCUGAAAACUUGAAAAACUGCAGUAGACAUUGCUUGAGAUUUCCACACUGCAAUACUGGUGAACACCACAAGAGGGUUGACUUUGUAAAGAAACAUAAGGGAAGCUGGAGAACUUUUACUGUGUUGUGGGUUUUAGUGGUGGACAGAUGCUUAUCCUUGCAGCAGAAAUGUGUAAACCACAGUUUAUAGUCUGCAUUCCUUUUAGGCUCUAAGCAAUGUUAAACUGUUACAAUUAAAGCAAAACUUGCUUUAAUGGUUAGGUAUGUGAAAUAUAUUCACUUUUUUAUCAUGAUCUAGCUUAGGUGCAAUGAACCUCAACAGCCUUAUGCAAAACAGGCCUUUCUAAAUGCUUUUGUCUUCAUUUUUCGUUUUUAGAGUUCACCACAUAACUGUAUCCUUGUUUUAUUUGAUGAGAAAUAUGCCUUCUUUUCCUCUUGAGCCUUGUAAAAAUGCUAACUUCCAAUCAUUAAUUUCUCUCUACGAUCACAGUAUGUCAGAUUUUUUUUAUUUAUCCCUGCUGAUCUAAUUUGAACAAAGCUUAACGCUGCAGUGACUCAGACAUGCUGUUAAUAAAACCCUCAGUAAACUUGGUGAAUAUACAUGUCUGUACUGGUAUUUUACUGUGAGAACAUCUGAAGACAGGACGACUCUGAAACACGUGUGCAGAAGGUCUGUGAGUGUGCUUUAUAGGAAUUCACUUCCUGCCUGUGUUUUAUUAUAGUGGUUGGAACAAAGUAGUUGCUAUGCAGUGUCACGAUGAGAGACAAAGGGAAGUAUGUGGGUGAAUAUAACACCCAUAACAAGUUAGACACACACAAAUUACUUGGUUUUUGAGAGUGGCAACUGGGGGAAAAAAUGCUAACAUAGAAAAAUUGUAUUUGAAUGUUGCUGAGAUAUUACAUAAUGCAUUUUAUCCCGAAUGUUUUAGUCCUGUUUUAUACAACUGUGUGAUGAAGAUUAAAUGAUUAACUGUGUGCAGCUGUGACAGCCGGUGACCAUAAAGAGUUGUUUGCAUGCAGAUGUUAGGAAAUUUGCUUUUGUGCAAACUCACUUUGACUCUGUUUUGCUCUGACCAUUGUAAAUGCUUAGUUGUUUGUUUUUAUGUUUUUCUAGUCAUAGACAUCAAAAAGCACAGAAAUGGUUUAGAAGUCACUCUGUGCAUAAUGCAUUUGUUAUUUGUUGUUCAGAAGUCCUGAUGUUAAAGGAAUGCCUUAUGUGUAGGCCAGCACUGCCUUGAAUAUGGACUUGGUCCAUUUCUUCUGAUGUUAUUUAGCAUUUGUAUUGUUCUGGGAAUUUGUUGACAAUACAGCUGACUUUAAAAAAACAAAAUCUAGCCUGAGUUCCUAACUUACAGCUUUCAGCUCUCUCUUUCCCACAUCUUUUUGUUCCUGAGAUUUCUUUCCUCUUUCUAGAUUACCCCAAUACGGCCAUCUAAUUGUAACCAUGCUGUUACAGCCAGUAAUCCUCUUUUAUGUGAACCUUUCUGCCUGUCUCCUGAGGAUGAUUGCCCAUUACUGAAAACUGAGCUCAUGUGUGUGUUUGAACCACAGCAAGGAGGAAACUGAUCUGCUGCCACAAUGUAGAUCAUCCAGAUCCUCCACUGUAAUCCCAGCCUUGCAUGCGUCUGUGAUGUUAACCCUACUGGAGUUGAAAAGGUCACAGCGAGCAGCAGCGCAUGUACUUGAAGUGGAGACUUUGAUCUCAUGAUGGACUAAAUAUCCUGUCAGCUUCCCCAUA